CGCUUCCGGCGUUGGCGUAGUCGGUGUAGUCCGUGUGCGAGUCCUCCGACGCAAUCCGCGGUCGGUUGGGCUGCCUGCCCGCGCCCUUUCUUCUUGCGCCCUAGCCGGCCCUACCGCUCGCAGCCCUGGCGCUCCCCGUCGGUCCCGCCGAGGCCGCCUGCGCCCUGUGCCAGCGCGCGCCUCGAGAGCCGGUGCGUGCCGACUGCGGCCACCGUUUCUGUAGGGCGUGCGUGGUGCGCUUCUGGGCCGAGGAGGACGGGCCCUUCCCCUGCCCCGAGUGCGCCGACGACUGCUGGCAGCGCGCGGUGGAGCCCAGCCGCCCGCCGCUCAGCCGCCGCCUUCUGGCGCUCGAGGAGGCGGCUGCGGCCCCGGCGCGCGACGGCGCGGCCAGCGAGGCCGCGCUGCAGUUGCUGUGCCGCGCCGACGGGGACCCGCUAUGCGCCGCCUGUCGCAUGGCCGCGGGCCCGGAGCCACCCGAGUGGGAGCCGCGCUGGAGGAAGGCGCUGCGCGGCAAGGAGAACAAGGGGUCUGUGGAAAUCAUGCGCAAGGACUUGAACGAUGCCCGGGACCUGCAUGGCCAGGCAGAGUCAGCGGCUGCUGUGUGGAAGGGACACGUAAUGGACCGUAGAAAGAAGGCCUUGACUGACUACAAGAAGCUUCGGGCCUUCUUCGCUGAGGAGGAGGAGCACUUUCUGCAGGAGGCUGAGAAGGAUGAAGGUGCCUCGGAGGAUGAGCAGGCUGACCCGGCCGAGCGGUUUCGGUCCCUGCUGCAGGCUGUGUCAGAGCUGGAGAAGAAGCACCGCAACCUGGGCCUCAGCAUGCUGCUGCAGUGAUGGUGCUGACCCAGCAGGUGGUUCCUCAGGAGCACGAAUCAGAAGGGACUGCCUUCCACAGCUGGCCUGCAGCAGCCCCCCACCCCUUGAGUCCCCUUUGCCCAGCAGCACCCUCCAUCCUGGACGGAUCCUCAGCACCGACAUCACAUAGGCCGGGAUGAAGCAUUACAGGUGCCCCUGCCUUUGGUCGUCCAUAUAGCACCAUAUCUCAGCAAAGUGUUGUUUUCCAUUUUCUUUGAAACGUGAAUGUGUUCAGGGCUGUACUAUUUUGUAGUAGAGGCUAGUUCCAGGAUUCCCUCCCCAGUGUCUGACCCUUCCUGAACCCUUGCCUGAGAUCUUCCAGGUUCCUGUUCUUGUCAUGAUUUAGGGCCUGGUGUGUUGAGAUGUCCCUCUCUUGUCAAAGGAGCUAAACCAUACACUUCCCCCACAGUGCCCAUGAUGGGGCGGGUCCAUGGGACAUUCCUUCUCAGGUGGGAGGUCCCUCAGCCAGAUUCUGGGGUGCAUCAGUCAAUAUUGGAUUUGGGGUUAGCACCGGAGGAAGGUGAUGCACUUGGGAUGCUGUUUGAGACCCGACUCUUUUGAGAAGAGCAUUCUUGACCCUUUCUGAGAGGGGUCUCUUCCUCCCUGGGGAUCUUGCUGUGCCAUACACUCAUUCUGUCCUCAGUUUUACUUCCCUGUCCCCAUUUUCCUCCUGGUUUGUGUCACCAGCAUCCCUGGAGUGUUCCCUACUCUUUCCUGCCUCUUGUGUAAGGGACCAUAUUUCCCAGCAGAAGAGGGAUGGUGGGGGCAGUUUUCUAGGCCUACCCUGGUGCUUGACCUUGCUGUAUCUUUGGCUUCUUGCUUCAUAUUUCCUGCAGUAGGCGAAUUUCAGAAAAUUUAUGGCAUAGCAGUAGUGUGGUUGCCUGCAGCAUUGUUGUGUGUAGAUUAUCCAAGGGACAAAAGCUCAGCACAAAUGGUCAGAAACAGGAGGUCAGGAGUCUUAGACACAGGCAUGUUUAGUUUCACUCUUGAGUACACUUUUUUCAGGGAAAACAGCCUCAGUGGCUGACUGUUUUCUGUCCUGGAAGUUCCUGGCCUUGGGUGUGGUAACUGAGUCUGACCUGGCCCUGCCCCCAUGUGGGCUGGGUACUUAGUGCUGAAUAAAGUGGGUUUGCUCCAGCCUGUUUGCUUCAUGUCCCUCCUCUUGUCUCUCUGUCCACAUGGCCUCUUCCCCCUAUCCCUGGCUAGUCUUCAGUUUUAAAGAAAACUUUUUCAGUAAUCCUUAUUAAAGCAUGGUAAGGCAGAUUUUGUUCCACAUCACUGAGAUAAGGUUGUGGUUCACUUGAGUGGAGCCUCGCAGUUGGGGAAGGAGUUUGGACUUACCUCCACUGUAGCCUGGGCAAGUAGAAAUUUGCAGCUAAGGAACAGAGUGGUGUUAGUGGUUAGGAAAUGGCUAAAAGGAGACAUAAGGAGUGAAGAAGACAGUGGCUGGAAUCCCUUAACAGGAUUUCUAGUGAAAGCAAGAGUAAUAAGACAUCACUGGGAAUGGUGGGGAAAGAGGAGCCUGGUCAGAUAUCAUAGGGUGGUUGAAUAUCAAGGCUGGGGAGUUCUCUUUAGCCCAGUAAGGGUGAGGUGCAGACCCAUAGGGAGGUUUAGGAACAAAGGUGCAGAUGGCACUUAGUUCUCCCAGCGAGUGCUCCCUUUUUAUUUCUGACAAGAAUGUGAUCUUGGAAAUCAAGUGGUGCUGUAUGGGGUAGAAGCUGAAGUUAGAAUUCUAAGUCAGCUGUGUGCCACACUACAAGUUGCAGAUGUGAGAAAUGCCAACCAGACUGGGAAAAGCUGCUUUGUUUAUCUCAGAAUCAGUGAUUGGUGUGUCUUGUGGAUCCCAAUAUUGCCCCAGGAAUGGCCAGAAAGCCCUAAUAAAUAACCAUAACCCAUGAGGUGUGUGUUCAGCAUCAGAAAACCUGAGCACCUUUACCUUGUCCUCAUCCCUAUGACUCCAACUAGGCCGAAUGGAUCUUGGAAGAGCUGUCUUAGAUUCAGAGGCCUGAGUUUGCAUGCCAGACCUCUGCUUGCCAGCUGGGUGGGCUGCCGUUUUCUACAUAAACCCAGGUAGUGAUAGUACUCUCUACCAUCUUGGUUUCAGCAUUAGAUGAAAACAAUUUUGGCUGGCACAUGGACACCACCCCUUUUCCCUGAUCUCUCAUUCUGGUGGGAAAGCCCUAUUCUGUCCUUUUCCCAUAUCCAGGGUAGUCUUGGGUCCUCCCCUCUCUACCCUUCCCAGCACCUGGACCUCAGACCCCAUCAUUACCAGGGCCCACCAGAUCUCAGGUCUGUUCUCCUCUCACUAUAAGAUGAAGCAGCUCUCCAGUGCAUCUCUCUUUACUGCUCUGGCCAGUUUUGUCCUCCCCUAUUGCACCAUUGGGGAAACCAGCUUUCUCCUAAAUCAGAUUUGGUGGCACAUUCUUGUAUCUGGUGAGGGCUGCUUCCUGGUUCAUACCAUUCUCACUGUGUCCUUACAUGGAGGAGGGGGUGGAGGGGCCUCUCCAGGACAGGACACUAAUCCUGUAUGUGAGACUCCACCCUCAUGACCUCAUCACUUUUUCCAAAGGUCUCACCUUCCUAAUACCAUCACCUGGGGUAGAGGAUGAAGCAUAGACAUUCAGUCCACAGCAGAAGCCAAAGGGCUCAGAAUCCCAGGGAGAGAUGUUCCAGUUUGAUUUUUGAGCAACACAAAUUGUACACGCCUAAGAGUGAUGACUGUCAGAUUGGUGAUGAGAAAGUGCCCUGCUCCCAGCCUCUACUGCUGGUACAUAUUGUCCAGCAGAGUUCACCAGACUGAAGCUGGGUGUUCACUGCACUGUUACAGGUGGUGGUAGGAAGGGUGGACAUCCAGUACCCUUUGCUGGAAUGGCAGAAGGAAAGAUGGGGAGAAUAAGAUCUGGGAUACCCUGCAGCCCUGGAAAGGAUGAAAUGAGCCAGACACAUGUUGCAUGGGUGGGGCUUCAGGAUACCAUGGAAAAUGGCCAAAAAAUAACACAUGCACACAUAACAGUCUGGAUUAAAAAGACUUCAAGCAGGGUGCUGGUGGCUCAUGCCUGCAAUCCUAGGUACUUGGGAGGCCAAGGUUCGGAAGACUGAGGUUUGAGGCCAGCCUAGGCACAUAAUU